UAAUGUACCUUCUAGAUUUCCAUUGAUGAAAUAUAUUAUGCAACUAGCAUGCUAAUUCCUGCUGCUGAAGCAUGGAGGAAUGCAGGCGAUAGAUACCAUACGAAUUCUGCAACUAGCAUGCUAAUUCCUGCUACUGAUUAACAUGGGAGUAAUGCAGGUGAUACCAUGUGCUUUACUUGCAAUUGCUGUUCAUCUAACAACUACACACCAUCUUUUCAACAGAAUCUCAUGGGCCUUCUGUGUUUACUUGGAGGCUGUAUCAGUUUUACCACAACUACGUGUCAUGCAAAAUGCAAAGAUUGUUGAGUCCUUCACCGCUCAUUACGUAUUUGCAUUGGGCGUUGCUCGAUUCUUGAGCUGUGCACAUUGGGUUCUCCAGGUGUGGUUUCCAACAAAUUACCCUUCUGAAUUGUAGAGUUUGUUGAAUAACACGUGUUU